CUUCAGUGCUACUGCUGACAAACAUGGCGUGCCCGUUUGGAAUUCCAGGAGUGGAGAUCCUGUCUCGUCUUGCAAGCUGAGCUGUAGCAGCCAACACUACAGAAAGAUAAAGCAAAGUGGCCUCUCCAUUGUCUACAAAGGGGUUGACAAUGUGGUGCCCAUGGGCACCAACGUGCCUGCCAGGACCCCCUAUGGCACCCACAAAGGGUCUCAGUAAGCAUCCCCUCAAAAAUGCAAAUUCACAAGAGACUGCGCUUCCUGCUUAGUUCCUGCUUCCACUGGCUCGGCCUCUCCUACACUGAACAUCGCUUCCUGAAACAUGCCCAUGUUUCAUUGGAUGCCAGGGCUGGACACCCACCCUCCCAUCUGACCUGAAUGGAGGAGAGGUGCAAAGAGCUUCUCUCUGUGAGCAACUGCAGCAGCGGCUGAUGUAUGUUGGAAUAGGCAAAUGUUGCAUGUUCCCUUUAAGGGAUAUUUGAGGAAAUAUCCCAUGUACCUGUUUUACCAUGAUGUAACUUCCUAAUGGGUGGGGUUACUUACCUGACUUCCUCCUCCUUUGUCCUGGGGGAUUUUUGAAUAUUCUCCAUUGCUGAUCUUCCUGCCUUUGAGAGAGGCCGCAUGGCAUGAUGCUCUCUGCUAAGAGCAUCAAUACAAACACCAAGAUGGACUGAGACUUCUAUAUUUUCUUUCAUCUAAGCUACAGCCUAUGUUUUCUAACACAUGAAGAGGUCAUGAGCGCCUUACAGCGGAUGAGAUGGAUGAGAGACGGCGCCAGAACAUUGCCUACCAGUAUCUCUGUCACUUAGAGGAAGCCAAACGCUGGAUGGAGGCUUGCUUGAAGGAGGACCUGACCUUGACAACUGAGCUGGAGGAGAGUUUGCGGAACGGGGUCACCCUGGCCAAGCUCGGCCAUUUCUUUGCACCUGAUGUGUGUCCCUUGAGGAAGAUUUAUGAUCUUGACCAGGCCCGUUUUAAGGCGUGUGGGCUACACUUCCGUCACACAGACAACAUCAACCGAUGGCGGGACGCCAUGAGCCGCAUUGGAUUGCCUACGAUCUUUCAUCCCGAAACGACAGACAUCUACGACAAGAAGAACAUGCCUCGUGUGGUGUAUUGUAUUCAUGCUUUAAGUUUGUACCUGUUCAAACUUGGGCUGGCUCCUGAGAUCCAGGAUUUGUAUGGGAAAGUCAACUUCACAGAUGAGGAAAUAAACCACAUGAGAUGUGAGCUGGAGAAAUACGGUCUGCAGCUUCCAUCCUUCAGCAAGAUUGGCGGGAUCCUUGCUAACGAGCUCUCGGUGGAUGAGGCCGCAGUCCAUGCUGCAGUCCUUGCCAUCAACAAGGCAGUGGAGCAAGGGGUUGUGGAGGAAACUCUCUCGGCCCUGCACAAUCCCAACGCCAUGCUGGCAAGCCUUCGGGAGGGCCUUGGGGCCAUCUACCAGGAAGUGCUGUACCGAGCCAAAGCGCAGAAAGCAAAGAACGCCAAGACCCAGCUCCUACAAGAAAUUCCUAAUGGUGAAGACAUUUAUGAUCAGUGCCUAACACAGGCUGAGAUACAAGGCAAUAUCAACAACGCAAACGUGAAAGAUGCUCUAGAGCUGGUGGAUGGUGCCCUUGAGGAGCAGGAUCCCCAGGGCCUGCACUGCGCUUUGCAGGAUCCUGCCCUGGCCUUGAGGAACCUGCGGCGAGAGAAUGCAGACUGGUACCUGGAUCAACUGAGCGCUGACCGGGAGCAGAAGGCACUGGCGGUGGGCUACGUUGACCUGCUUGAGAAAGAGGAAAUCCAAGCUGGGCUUUACACGGCCAAUGAGAGAGCAGAUGAAGAACGUGCUGUGAUGCAGGCCGUAAGCCGCAUCAACACCUUCAUUCGGAAAGGGGUGGCGGAAGAGACGGUGCGCGCCCUGGCGAACCCCGCGGCUCAGCUGCCAGAUGUCUUCCUCUUUGCUGCAGAGCUAUACCAGCGAGAACUGUCUGCUCUUCAGCGGCAGCAUCCCCAGGGUGAGCUAGUUCAAGAGGAGCUGUUUGUUGCCAUGGAGAUGCUGUCGGCAGUGGCGCUGGUCAACCAAGCCCUUGACGAUGGAGAUGCCUCCAGCUUCUGGAGGAGCCUGAUCAGCCCUGCUUUGGGCCUGUCAGAGACAGAAGAGAGCAAUGCACGGCGUUAUUUUGAUGACUUGUCACGACAGAAGCACCAGUCUCGAGAAGCGAGGCUUGAUUUCCUGAGCUGGAAUGACAUCCAGGCUUCAGUGAACAGUGUAAACGCCUUCGUCCAAGAAGAAAAUGAGAAGAUCCUUGCCAUCCGACUGAUCAAUGAGGCUCUGGAUCAGACCAGCCCAGAGAAAACCCUUAGAGCCCUGCUGCUUCCUUCUGCCGGCCUCUGUGAUGUGACACUCCCUGUCGCAAUGCAUUACCACGACGUUUUAACCUGCAUGCGGAAGCGGAAAGCCCAGGUGACUGGGGACACUGGAGUCGUGCUAUGGUGGGAAGAGAUCCAGGAGGGCGUCUCCAAGGCGAACCACGACACUGAAGCUGCAAAGAGAAUGGCUCUGGGCAUUGCUGCCAUUAAUCAAGCGAUCAAGGAAGGGAAUGCUUUGCAAACAGCCAGAGUCUUGCGUAACCCGGAUGUCUCUCUCUGUGGCGUGGUGAUGGAAUGUGCUGCAACUUACCAGACGCAGCUGAGUGCCCUCAUGGCUGCCAGAAAAAAACCAGGAAACUCUAAAAUACCCUGGAUCCUGCACAAGCUGAAGGACGGAACAGGUUAUUACUUCAGCCUGCAGACCUUUGAAGGCUCCUGGGACCAGCCUUCUCCCUGUGCCCUUAAUACAAUGCAUCUCAGUCGAGAGGAAAUCCAGGGCACCAUAGUCAGGGUGACAGCCGCACAUGACCGGGAAUGCCUGUGGAAAGCCCAUGCCAGGCUGGUCAUGCAGCUGCAGGCUCGGAUGAGGGGCUUCCUUGCCCGCCAGGAGUUUGCCGCCCGGCGGCACUUACGGUCAGAGCAGGUGCCAGCGGCUGUCAAAAUUCAGGCUUAUUGGCGUGGAUACCGACAACGGAGAAGCUACCUGGAAAGGCUGUGGUAUUGCCAGAAGAACACAGGCUCUGUAAUCAAGAUUCAAGCCUGGGUACGGAUGUGGCAUGCACGCAGGCAGUAUCUAGAGCGACUGCGCUACUUCAAGAAGAAUGUUAAGGCCAUAAUUAAAAUCCAAGCAUUUGUAAGAGCUAAUAAGGCACGGGAAGAUUACAGGAUGUUGGUGCACAGUGGGAACCCCCCGCUCAGCAUCGUCCGGGGUUUUGCCCAUCUGCUGGAACGCAGCCAGCAAGACUACUGGGAGGAACUGGAGCUGCUAGAUCUCCAGGAGAGUGUGGUGAGAGGAAUCCGGUCCAACCAGCAGCUGGAGACUGACCUCAAUCUCAUGGACAUCAAAAUUGGGUUGCUGGUCAAGAACAGGAUCACCCUCCAGGAGGUAGUCUCUCACUGCAAGAAGCUGACGAAGAAGAACAAGGAGCAGCUCUCUGAUCUGAUGGGCCGGAGCAAAGAGCAAGGGCUGAAGGCGCUCAGCAAGGAGAAACGGAAGACCCUGGAGGCAUAUCAGCACCUCUUCUACCAACUGCAAACUCACCCGGUUUAUUUGGCCCGGCUGAUCAUGCAGAUGCCCCAGAACAAGUCCACAAAGUUCAUGGAGUCAGUGGUCUUCACCCUCUACAAUUAUGCCUCCAACGCCAGAGAGGCCUAUCUCCUGCUCCAGCUCUUCAGAAGCGCCCUGCAAGAGGAGAUCAAGUCAAAAGUCGAUCAAAUCCGUGACAUCCUCACAGGGAAUCCGACGGUUAUCCGCCUGGUGGUGAGCUUUUACCGCAAUGCCCGUGGGCAGAAUGCUUUGCGCCAGAUCCUGGAGGGUCCCGUACAAGAGGUCCUGCAGAACAAGACCUUGAGCAUCCGCACCAGCCCUGUGGACAUCUACAGAGGAUGGAUCAACCAAAUGGAGUCUCAGAGUGGACAGAAAAGCAAUCUACCGUAUCACGUCAGCCCUGAGCAAGCCCUUGGUCACCCUGAGGUCCAGAGAAGGCUGGACAUCUCCAUCCGCAAUCUCCUGGCAGCGACAGACAAGUUCCUCUCAGCCAUUACAUCUUCUGUGGAUCAAAUUCCUUAUGGAAUGCGCUACAUUGCCAAAGUCUUGAAGAUGUCCUUAACAGAGAAGUUUCCAAACGCUUCAGACGACGAGAUCUACAAGGUUGUUGGGAACCUGCUCUAUUACCGUUUCAUGAACCCAGCGGUGGUGGCCCCAGAUGGCUUUGAUAUUGUUGACCUCUCAGCUGGGGUAGCCCUCCACCCUGACCAUAGGCGCAACCUGGGCUCCAUUGCGAAGGUCUUACAGCACGCUGCUGCCAGCCAGCCCUUCGAAGGGGAAAAUGGCCACUUGCGGGUGGUGAACCAGUACCUUGAGGAAGCACACCAUAAAUUCAGAAAAUUCAUCGGAGCUGCCUGUGGUGUCUCUGAACCAGAAGACAGGUUUAAUGUCGACAAGUAUUCAGAGAUGGUGGCCAUCACAAAACCAAUGGUCUAUAUAACGGUUGGGGAGCUAAUUAACACGCACAGGCUCCUGCUGGAGUACCAGCAGUCCGUGGCUCCUGAUCCUCGAGACCCUCUACAUGAACUUCUAGAAGACCUCGGAGAUUUGCCCACUACCCAGUCUUUAAUAGGCGAAAGUGUGGGACAUGGAGCCAAUGGGACUUCAGAGCAAACUCUGCCUCAACUUGCCAAGAUGGAAAUUUCACUCAUUCUUAGCAACAAAUUUGAUGUGGCAGAGGCGAAUGUUGAGGGGGAAAAGGAUGUGAAAAGCUUGUUGCUGAGUACCAAGCAGAUGCUGGUUGAUGUGAUCCAAUGCCAGCCUGGAGAUUCCCUGGAGGAGAUACUGCAGACAAAGGCGUCAGAGGAUCAGGAAGCUCUCCACCACCACCACCUCAUGAAGAGAAGGGCCUUAUGCAAUGCCCAAGCCCCAGACAAGUUGAGGUGCAACCGCACGCUGGUCAGUAACAGCCACCUUUCGAUAGCAGAGAAGAAGCGGAUAGUCCUCAAGAAUCUGCGGCGUCUCGAGAGCCUGGGCAUUGUGGACUCUGCCAACCAGUACCAGGACAUCAUCAAUGAGAUGGCCAAGGACAUCCGCAACCAGAGGCAAUACCGUCAACGCCGCAAGGUGGAGCUGGCAAGGUUGCGCCAGACCUUGCAUGGCCUCAAUGCCAAGAGGAUGUUUUUCGAGGAGCAGGUUGACUACUACAACCAAUAUAUCCAGACAUGCCUGGACAACCUGGCAGCCAGAAACAGGCCCAGCAAGAAACAGGCAAUGUUGCAUUACACGGCAGCCCGCCUCUUUGAAAAGGGUGUUUUGCUGGAGAUUGAAGACCUCCCGGCCAGCCAACUCAGGAACGUUAUUUUUGAAAUCGUCCCUUGCGGGGAAGCUGGCAAGUUCCAGGUGAAGGCAAGGUUUAUGGGAGUUGAUAUGGAGAAGUUUCAGCUCCAUUACCAGGACCUCCUCCAGCUCCAGUAUGAGGGCGUCGCCAUCAUGAAAAUGUUUGACAAGGCCAAGAUCAACGUCAACCUCCUGAUCUUCCUCCUCAACAAGAAGUUUUUCAAGAAAUAAGUCAAAGGCAUGAGGGUCACAAUGGGCACAGGCAUCUUUUAGGGCUGGCUGGCUGGUGCCAAAGAGAUGGUGACGCUCAUGGUGCUUUGGGAUGGACCACAAACAACAACUCAAAGUGCCUGACUCUGGCUUAAUUUUCGCCAAGGUGGUCAACCUGGAUCCAGUCUGGACCACCGCAGAUUGACAUGAAUGAAUGUUUCUCCAUACAUUUUUUAAAAUCCUUGCAUGUAGAAUCCUAGCAUGUGAGCUGUUCUCCCUGAUGUGGAAGUUUUCUAUGUGCAGCGAACUUGUUUGUACGGGCAGAGUGUUCCUUUAUUUGAGCCCCCCCCCCCCCGACCUGCUUUCACUGUAAUCUAGAUACAGGAUGGCCUGCGGUCCUGGUGGCAGGGGAUGGAUUUUUAAAGUUACAGAGGCUGGAUUUAUCAGCAGGGAAAGGAGAGUGUGGUCGCCUGUGUCCUAUGCCAGCCUUUUCCAACCUUCAGAGCUUUUGGACUACAACUCCCAUCAGCCCCAGCCAGCAUGUUGGGGCUGAUGGGAGUUGUAAUCCAAAACAAAGGACACCUAGCUGGGGAAAGCUGCCCUCUGCCAUCCUUCAGUAGCCAAUAUCUGAUUAAGUCAAGCGUACACUCCCCAGUUAGCUGUUUUCUUCCUCCUUCUGGCCCUCUCCUGGAUAAAUCCUGUUGGCAUUAGAUUUCAGAGAAGGGGAUUUAAGUUGGCCCUGAAGCAUUUAUUGUGAAACGGCCUGCAGAGAUGAAGGAUAGGCCAAUUCCUCAUUGGAGCUUCAAUGCACCAGGAAGGCUUCUCUUCUGCUUCUGUUUUCUGUCUCUCAAACAGCAACUUUGUCCUACUAAUUCUUUGUUUGUAUAUAUAUAUAUGCGUGUGUGUAUGAGAGAGAGAGAGGUUCCCUUUGUUCGAUUAUGCAGCUACCAAAAAAGGUUUUCAUUGACUUUAUAUCAGAGAUACCAGGGAACCUCAACUGAGCUUUUCCCCCAAUCCCAGUUCAUUUUUUUUUAAAGUUUCUUAUGACGUGCAUAAAAAUCUCUUUGGGAUGCUACUGUAAAAUACUGAAAAUUAAGGACACUUGCAUCUGGAUAUUCUAGUAUUUGAUCAUUGAGAGUUUAAUCAUGAUAUGAUAUUCAAUUUGCAUGGAAAAUGAAUGCUCUCGGCUGCAUGGUUUUAUCAAUAGUACUAUUUUAAAAUCCACACAUAACUCCAUCAUCAGGCAGCUGAGCUAGUGGAAGUCUCCAGCUGCACAACUUUUUUUUUUUUUUUUCAAUAAUUUUUAUUCAGAUUUUCAUAAAACAUA